UGCCGAAGGAAGGAAGAGGCCAGGGGCGUGACAUGGAGAUGAGGCGGCCCCCUUAAAGCCACGCUACGCAGAGGCAGCGGUGGCAGCUUUACGCAGCACGUGGGCUCCAGGAGGCCGCGUUCCAGAGUUCGCAUUUUGCUUUCGUCUUCCAGAAGCCGGCGCGAGGAAGCACGUUGCCUGCGAGCGCGCUGCUCGUGUGUGGGGUGGGAGUCAACAGAGAGAACGCGGUAGGUUGGGUGUUGCCCGACCCAGAACUGGUUCGGCCUCCGUCGCUUUGGCGAAGUUACAAAACCGGUCGCGGACGUCCCCUUCCGGCACACGUGCGCGGCGUGGGGGCCCCGCGUCCCCGGAGAUGUACAAGUGGCCCCGAGGAGCUUGACGAGGCGAAGAUCGACGCAUCGCGAUGAACAUGAUGGGUGUCCCUCCCCUACUCGGCGUGCACCAGGUGCCCCAGGAUUUCCACGAGGACGGCAUCCUCGCUGGUUACCGGAACCCAAGGAGCUCGGCAAGGGAGUGCAUCUGCAGCAUAUUCCAGUUCACGAACGAGACGAUCAACAUUUGGACGCAUUUUCUCCCAACAUGGUACUUCGCGUGGUGGCUGCUGGUGCUGUGGGGCGAGGGGGACCUGCUGGGCAGGCCGUACCACUGGCCGCUCGCCGUCUUCAUGCUGAGCUGCUGCGUCUACCCGAUCGCGUCGACCUGCGCGCACACCUUCAGCACCAUGUCGCAGCGCGCGCGUCACAUCUGCUUCUUCUUCGACUACGCGGCGCUGAGCCUCUACAGCCUCGGCUCCGCCAUGGUCUACAACGCUUACGUCAUCCCCGACAAGUGGCUGGGCGGCACUUUCCACCGGUGCUUCGUUCCCAUCGCGCUGUUCAACGCCGUGCUCUGCACCAGCAUGGCAUGCUACAGCAGGCUUGGGUUGCCGUUCAUCCAUUACAAUCGUUUCACACUUGAAAGUUCCCUGGAGUUGAAGCGGCCGCGCAUGGCUAAGGUGCUCAGGGUAGUGGCAUUUGCCUUCCCCUACCUGUUUGACAACAUUCCCCUCUUCUACAGGAUCUUUCUGUGCUCCGGAGAGGGAUGCACGGACAACGAAGCCGUGCCAACUCAUCGUCUGCACACUUUAUUUGCCUUUCUCACCGGCUUCCUCUUUGCCACACACCUGCCGGAGCGCCUGGCGCCCGGCUUCUUUGACUACGUCGGCCACAGCCACCAGCUGUUCCACGUGUCUGCAAUCGUGGGCACGCACUUCCAGAUAAAGGCAGUGCUUCUGGACCUGCACUCGCGCGCCGACUGGCUGAGCACGGCCUCUGUGGCAGCUCCUUCGUUGCUCGAGACGGGUGGCGCCUUCUGUCUGGCCAUCGCCCUCAACCUGUUUGUGAUUGCGUUUUUUGCCGUCGGACUCUACAGCAAGCAGCAGCAGCAGCCGAACUCCGUUCAGGCCAACGGGGCGAUCAACCUGCCGAAGAGUCACGCUGAGUAGCUGUUGAAGGUUUUCCCCACGACGGAUUAGUUCUAGCGACGGGUGGUGAUGAAAAUGUGUUUUUGUGUCUGUUUUCACUCCUUUUAACCCAACUGUGUUAUCAGCAUCAUGAGAAUCGAUUCGGAAUGCUCGCAGAGUAGCAGUGCAACCAUGCCCAUAUUGUUAAGAGGACGGUCUGCAGAUACGGAUAUCACAACUACUUUCUCUAAUGACCUCUGGUUCAGACAGUAAAGGGCAACACUUUCUGACCCAUGUUGCAAAGAGAUAUUCGUAGUACAACGGUUACCGCCGAUAUCUUUGAAUUCCUAAGGCUGGAGUUUCUCCAAAUUCUAUGCAGAUCCAAACUCGACAUGAUGCGUUUUAUUUUUUAUGUUGGGCCGGUCAUUGUUGAUCGGUUUGCUGCCCGGAUUCAAAGCCAGGACUCCGCGCUGUGACCUGAGCCACCUUUUGGCCAACCUUAUCGUUGUACUAUUUCAGCUGCUGUAGGCCAUCGCGGUCAACUCUGUCGAUGGGCAAAACUUUUUUUUUUCUCAAGAACCCUGCUUGCAUCUUGACCAGCGAGGGGGUUUGGGGGGGGGGGGCUUGCGAGUCGUACAGCAGCACGACUGUGCCCACUAUGUGCCGGACGAAAGUCGUUGUUGGUACGGGCACAAAAGCACAACUGUCUUAUGUCCCUGCACUAAUACAAAGCAACACUAAUAGCCACGUGUGGAAUCUAAAAAAAAUAUUCAGUAUAAAUCAAGGGUUAUACUUUUGACAUUCCUUCGCUUGAGGAAUAUCUUUAGACACCCGGGCGACGGGUCACUUUGCAGUUGAGAAUUGAUUAUGGAAAUAAAAUAUACAUUUUUGCAGUAUAGCGGGUACGAUUUUGCUAAGGUGCCUAUCUGUUUUUUUGCUGGAAGGUGUGAGAUUGUUUUAGUUGUAAUUCUUUUCGUAAAAGUGUCGACAAAAAAAUCCACCGUCCGUUACGGUGGCCAAAUGCUGUAUGUAAUUUUUAACUGCUCAUGGACCUUAUGAAUAUUAUUGAAGUUUUUUCUUGUAUACAAUGGUUGGGUAACUUGAAAGUGUUUUUUUUGCACAAAUGCGUUCCACGGAUCUACUAUCAUGUAAACUACAUUUUAACGAUCAUUCUAACAUGUUUCUAUUUGGGCACAAGGCUCCAGAUGCUGUUCGUGGAUCGGCUCUCGUUGACGUUGUACGUUUUAAGUGUGGCAUUGCCAGGCGCUGUACUUGGGAUUCCAAACGCGAGGCCUCGGCUGGUUUAUUGUUGUUAUUUUGGUUCACUUUUGAGGUUCACUUUCUAUUGAACAAGUCAUGGUUUUUUUUUGUUAACCAUUUUUAAUUCAAGAACGUAAACAGGUGAUGGAAAUGUGAGAAUUUUUGGACGUCAAAAUGAAAGUUAAAAAAGUACGGAAUCGCAGCAAACCGUCGUGCACACCCCCGGUUGUGUUUAUCAGGUGGGUUGUUGCAAAAAUGUCACGUGGCGUGGGGCUGGCUACCUGUGCUAUUUAAUUUUUUGCCAACUCCCCCCCCCAACCUACAAUUAAAGUUCUCACUUUGCCGUAUUGCACGCCCGUACGCUUGCUACGAACGCUGUCUCCAAGGAGCCUCAAACAGGUGUGGGAGCCAUCGCAAUCGUUGUUGUACAUUUAUAAUUUUCUACGCCGUGCGCCGUAUUCGUUUCUCCGCGGGUUGAAUAUGCAAUUCGGUGCAAACGAUGCUUUAAAAGUUACUUUUUUAUCGACAAGUGUACCAUGUACAACUGGUGAAAUCGUUGGUGAAGGGAAUUCUGGAUAUUUUCAAGUGCCUUAUUUUUGAUAGAUAUUUGUAAUUUGCUGUCGCAUCUUUGCCGAAAAUAAAUCAUGUUUGGAAUUGUCAGUCUUCAUAGAAUAUUUAUAAUAAAAUUGCCUUUAAGUGAAUGGGCACAUU